CCCCCGUCUUCCCAUCAUACCCCGCGGCCUCUGCGCCCUUGACAACAGAGGCCAAGAUGGCUUCUGCCACCCGUAUCAUCCAGCGAAUUCGCAACUGGGCAGCAGGGCGUGACUUGCAAGCCAAACUGUGGCUGCGCUACACAGAAAUAUCAAAGCGGACUCAGCCGCCUCCAGUCCUUCCUGUUGGUCCCAGCCACAAGCUUGCAAACAAUUAUUACUGUACCCGUGACGGGCGCCGGGAGACUUCCCCUCCAGUUGUCAUCAUCUCAUCGCAGAAAACGUUGGCCCCGGGUGAACAAGCUGCCAGGCCGGAAUCUGGUGUGGCAGCAACUGAGAAACGACCGGUGACGCCUGGCUCCGUUCCUCGAAAAUGGGAGCUGUCCAAAGACGAACCGUAUUUGUGAGUGAAUUGGGAUCACUCGAGGCUGGUACUGAUGCCGCUCGCAGGGCCACAGCCGCAGGUGUGACCCUAUAUGGAAAUAUUUCAGGCUGCAAGACUUCUGAUUUGUUUGGUGUAUAACUGAUUAAACUGACUUGUAUUUAAUGUA